CCCCCAACCAAUCUCUGCAAGGAAGGUAGUUCCACAGCUUUACAAGCUGGUAUCUUCUCUUUUCUUCAGAAUCCUUUUUAUUUGGUGGGCAAUCAUGUGAUGCCCCUGUGAAGUUGUGUAUCCUUUGCUGUUGAAUAGAUUUCACCUGUAGCUCUAAGUCAAAAAUAGACUUACUCAUAACUGGGAAAAAUUAUGCUUGGAAAAAACGUUUGCAAUGGCUGAGUGUUUGGGUUUCCUGUAUUUGUGAGACCAUCAUUAACUGCUUUGAGUAAAGGAGGUAGUUAUUAAUGAAAGAUAAUUGGUGCUGCUGCUGCUGCUGCUGAUUAUAGGGAAAAAGGAAUCAGCACAUCUGAGGCAAAUUAUGUGACAACAGUCUGUAUUAAAGAAUGAUACUCUGACUGGCUGUGGAGAAAAAAAAAAACUUGCAAAAAGAAAAUAGUGUGUUGUAUCCCUCCAUAAAAACAGAGUAAUUUCUGCGAUGGUACAAUGCAUAAGAUGUCUGGAGGAAAGGAGGAAGAGAAACAGACAGUAAGGGCACACGGUUGUAUGCAACACAAUGCACGCUUGCUUUUAGAGAUUCUUUAGAAUAUUUGGAAAGGAGGGCUCUUCUGAGAAUGCUAAUCUCUAUAAUUUUGGGCAGAGAGAAAGGGUAGGAGAGAAAACAUGUCACAAUAUAUUUCAGAUGCUGUUAUUUUAGGAAAGGACCAUUGAAACUCAGUACUGCUAGUGCAUCUGCUGUGUGUGUCUCUGUGUAUGUGUAAGGCUGAAGAGGUGAAAUGUCCUCAGUUCAUUGCUGUUGUUUAAAUCUACGAUUUAUCAUCAAGGUCACACCAAGAGAGAAUACACCUCCACUUUAAAUUUGGUGACACCUGUUUUCCGUGCCAGGGCAGAGGAAUUGUCAGAAUGGAAUGCAAGCCUUAGGUAAUGAGUCUUACAAUAGUAUGGACAAGUCAGACAGUGAAUCACUUUUUAAUCUCUUUUCCAUGAAAUGUUUUUAUGAGGAUGUAUAUGACAAACAUUGCAGGAACACAUACGGGUGUCCCUCUAGUGCUUUAAGCAAACAUUUUGCAUUCAUUAGCUUAAUGUAGUAUCUAACCUUACUAAAAGCUGAGAUGCUUUCCAAUUAAUGUAUUUAGCCUGACAUCAUUUGCAAAUAACUUGAAAGUGUUUGUGGUCUUGAGACAAAGAAAUGAUGCAACUACCACCACUAUCAUCUUAUUUUUGCAAGGAAGAAGAAUACCAUAGGUGAGAUUUUAAAACAUGACACAUUAAUACAUCUUGGGCAUAGAUGCCCUAGACAUAAGGUCAUCAAUUCUUUUUGUUGGUUGCAUCAUGAAUGGAAAUCAGUCUGGUCAUGUUCUGGUGUUUAAAAUAAGCAAAUGUCCUAUAUUCAACAAUUGCGCAGAAUGUCAGCAGAAGUAGUAGUAUGCAAUGAAUUUAAAGCAAAUGCAAAUGCUUUUUUUUAAAGUGAUAAAAAUGUGAGAGAGCACAUCAAAAAGCAUGAUGUACAACAUCCUGGCUGUUUACCCUAACAUAUUCCAAGUAGCCUAUUUUUUAAGGAAAACUGAACAAAACAAUUUCUCAUUUUGAAAAGAAGCUCUUUCCUGUUUCUUCCAGUACAUUUGUGAAAUAAAAUGUGGAACUCCUUGUUUUGUAAUGGAAAAAAAAAGCUACCCCCCCAAUCAUUUGCCUGCAGAGACUGAAAAGCAUAACUACUGAGCUACAGUUUCUAGAUUUGCUUAAUUUAUACUGGGGGCAGGGGGGAAGAGGAAGAACAACAGUAAAAAUAAAAAGUCUGAAAAACCUUUGGAAAAGACAAUAGCCAAAGAUUCAAAUAUGGAGGUAGAAGCAGGUUUUAAUCAUAACAUUGUUAGAAAAAACUGCAGAAAGACUUGUCAGGUUGCAAUUCAUCCUAGUCUUGUCAAUCACCAUUGUUGCCAGGCACAAAAAUGAAGCUGAAGUGCAUAUGAGAAGUUUUUCCAUAGAAGUUGUAGAAUAUUGUCACUAACCCACCCCCACACACCCAUUUUAUUUCAUACUGACAAAAGCUGAGAUGAAUGACUUGUUGUCUGGCCCUUCCCACUUUGUAUAGUCAUUGGCUGGCUUAGUUCUAAAAAGGAUUUAAAAAAGGGGAAUAAUGUGCCUUUGCCUGGGAUCUGAGACUGUCAGGGUGCUGAAAAGCUAAUCUGUGAGCUGCCACCAUGCAGAUCUCUUGGGCUGUGUGCUCUGUCUGUGUCUUAAUACAAAUUGCAUUUCGGUCUGUGGAAGGGUGGCAGAUGUUUAAAAAUGAUGCUACUGAAAUCAUUCCUGAGAUCACUGAAAAUACAGAAACACCGAUGGAGCAGACUUUCAGCAACAACAACACAAUGAACCAGGCAAAGCAUGGAGGAAGACACAUACCACAAGCUCCAGACCCUAACGAUGCUUCCGACUUCAGCUGCAGAGAAAUGCGAACCACCCGCUAUGUCACAGAAGGGCCUUGCCGCAGCAUCAAGCCUGUCAAGGAACUGGUCUGCUCUGGUCAAUGUGUCCCUUCGCACCUCCUUCCCAACUCUAUUGCUCGCAUGCAGCGCAUCCAGAUGGCUUGUCCCGAGGAAGAGACUCGGACUUACAAAUUCCGAGCUGUCACGUCCUGCAAAUGCAAGCGCUACACUCGCUACCACAACCAGUCUGAGCUGAAGGACUUUGGAAAGGAAACUGUCAGGCCUCAGAAGAACAAGAAGCCCCGUCUCUCCAGAGCCAGGAGCAGCAAAUCUAACCAGCAUGAAUUAGAAAAUGCUUAUUAGAAGGUGGCUCAGAGUGAUACUGCCUAGCAGCUCUGGAUGUUUUACAAAACAUCAAAUGGCACUCACAGGCCACAGCAUGAUGUUCUGACUGCAGUAGGUUCCAAUUCCUUCUGCUAAGCUGGGUCCAAGGCUCACAUAGUCAAAAAAAUCUGUCAGAUUGUAGCAGUUAUGGUCUGAUAAGAGAAUGAGAUAAACUGAGCUGGAGGGAGCAACACCUAAAUUCAGUCUGAAAGGACAGCUACACCUUGGAGAUUCACGUGAGGUCAUGUGGCUUGUACAAGUAGGAAGGCAGAGGGAAGUGAAGCUGUUAUGGCGACAAUCACACUUUGUUAGAAGUCAUUCUACUCAUGUUAUGUGAAAAGAACACUGAGAUCCCUUUCCCACUUUUAUAAGUGCCAUGAUGCAGGACAAAUGUGAUCAAGGAAGCACCAGGAGAGUUACCACUCUCUGAAUGAGUUGUAGAAAGUUAGUGAUAGCAGGGAUUUCAACAGUUAUGGUGACUGAAGUCAAAUUGUUGGGAAAUUAACAUCCUGUGAGAUGUCCUCAUGCUCCAGUUGUUUCCUCUAAAACACAAAAUAUGGCACUCGUGUUCUCAAAACAAAAGUGUGACAAAGCUAUUUCAUACUUUUGAUUAAAAAGUAUGGUUCAACAGAUU